ACUUGCUUUCAUAUAUUUGAAGAAAUUGUAUAUCUCAGUUGGCGAACAUAAAAUGAUUCUGCACGAAGCGUCUUUAAAACAGCCUCUUGGCAUAGUCUGCAGUUGUCCUGGAUAUGCAGAAAUUAUUAAAAAUUUUCAACUAUAUACUGUUGGAACGCUAAAUCCUAUGAUACCUAAAUUAGAAAUAGGUAAAUUAUCUUCUUUUAUAUUAAAAUAAUAAAUAAAUGUGUGAUUUAUAUGAAAUAUUUUACAAUAUACUAGAUCCCAUUGUUUCGGCUCCAAUUUUUUGGAUUAAAAAUAAUUUACAAUGGAACCAAGAAUUUAAUAAACCAAUUCUUCAUUGUACUCAAUGUAAAUCUGAUGAGAUUAAUGCAUCGAAUAUAGAUAAAAUGUGGAAACCAAUAUCGUUGGAUCUUAUAUCACCAAAGUUAGAAUUCAAAAUUAUGUUUCUUGUUUAAAACAACUCCGAAGUUCAAAUCAUAAACAUGUAUUGUUUCUUUUUAGAGAAUUACGUCCUAACUUUAGUUAUCUGCAUACUGCAGGAUUGAAUACUCAAUCUGUAGAGUUAUCAACUUUAACUGAUAUGCUUCCUUAUAAAGGUAGAGUAAUGAAGCAAAAAGAUAUCAACUGGGGAACAGAUUCUUGCUUAACUCCAGUAAAAAUGACUGAUGAACCAGAGACAAACUUCGGUAGAUUGAAAGCAUGUUUCUCUGUUUGGGCAGAACAGU